GAUAUCUGGUCCGUGUACAUGUAUGCUGUGCUGCUGAAUGUAACGAGAUUGCGGUAAACUCAUACAAAAUAACACCAUGUCCCCGACAUUUGCUGCCAUGGUGAAGAUGAUGUUGAGAUGGUGCAUUGCCGCGCUUCUUGUUUGCAAUGGUUGGGCGGAACUGAAAAACCCCUAUUGUGUACCUACCCAACCAGGAACAGUGGGGGGUACCGGCCCUUCACUGCCCUCUCUCCCCAACACCUUUCAAACAAUAGUGGAGGCAAAUUUCAUCAACACACAAGUUUCGAUGGACGUUAAAGAAUACUUUGAUGCCACGGCUAACAGGGGUGCUUAUGUCCUGAAGACUGGUGGCUCAGAGAUAUUCAUGGUGUAUAGUUACGAUACCAACGAGCUCUUCCAAGAUACUAUGAUAUGCAAGACAACAAAUUUGACUGGCAACGCAGACAAGUUUGUCUUCGGCGAAACGGACAUUGACGGCGCUCCCCACAUCUUCACUAGCAACGGAGCAAUGCGAUUUGGUAGCAAGUUUGGAGAGAAAUACAUUGGCCAAGACCAAAUUCGUGGAAUAAACGUUGACCACUGGCAAGCGUGUAUCUACUGGGAAUCGAUAAAGGCUUACUUUACCGUUGAUUAUUACUUCACAAUGAAAAACUGGACCGCCCCAAUUCACCAGUCCCAGAUUCCUGUGAGAGCCUGGGUACAGGGUGUUGGUAUUGAUGUCGAUGGGCAUUUACACGCUUUCAACCACUACUAUGACUAUUUUGCCUUCGCCCCGGGCAUUUCUGAUCCCACCGUGUUUGAGACUCCAAAAGGUAUUGUGUGUCCAGACCGCAUUGUUACUAUGGACGUACCCAAGCUGACAGGGCAAUACUCGUACAGAGAGGAAAUCAUCUUCCCCAGCGACGCAGUCCUUCAAACGGCAGACGUGUGGUAUGAUUCUAACUACAAGCUCGUCCGGUAUGACUACAGAACUGAGGAACCUAUGUCGCCAUUUUACACUACAAACCCACUUUCGGAAAUACACGAUUACAAUACAGGUGUUUCCUACGCCAUCGACAAGGUACAAGGCAACUGCACCAUGACUCCUCUGGAAAACAACAGCUUUGAUGUUUCCUUGAAUUACUCACAGACUAACCAUGGUCAGUAUGUGGAACAAAUGCGUUCAUCUCUCGGCCUCUUCUACUUGGAUGACAACUAUUCCUACGAGGGGCAGAGAACAAUAGCUGGCAUUGUGUGUGACGUCUUCAUUUCUAGACGAACCGACUUUAUUCCUGAUCCCAGUUUUGGAAUAGUCAACUCAACAUUUGAAUAUUACUUCUUGGCGGAGGAUUGGAGUGAAAUUGCUCAAACAGGACUGGAUGAGGGAACAAGGAUUCCCAUUCGACUGGAAGUCAAUACAUUUGACGACGGAUAUUACGCUGUCUACAACUUCUUUGACUUUGAUCAAGAGCAUCCAGACUUGAAUAAUUUUGACAUCACCCCGUGUUUUAACCAAGAUCAGCGAAUUGACAUGCAAAUCACAUUUCCAGGUGAUUUUGUUGACGACGUGGAGGACCAUCUAAAGUAUUUCGAACUGGACACACGCUUGAAAAUUGCUGAGCUAGCCAACAUAUCCCCAAUACGUGUACAGCAUUCGUCAGUCAAAUACAAUUAUGGGACUAUAUUUUACAGAGCAAGUAUGUUGGAGACCGCACCCCCUACAGCAAAGUUCCACAAAUACUCUGGACAAGUGUUAGAAUACAACAACGACAAGACACUUACUGACGUAGCCACGGAAGACGAUUGUUCGUACCUGUGUUUGAGUGAAACGUCCUUCAACUGUCUUAGCUUUGACCUAUGCCCGCAGAAGAGGAUCUGUUACCUGAGUAAACUGGCUACAGAAGACGGUACAUUGGUUGGCAACGACGUGUGUAGUCAUUAUUCAAGAAAUGUUCGUGCCAGUUAUAUAAACGAAGUAUCCCUGUCUAACGCCUACCUUCUUCUCAAAGACAAUGUCUAUCGAGAUAUGUUGACCAUUAUUCUGUCGUUAGGGAGCGGAGAGUCCCAAACGUACGUGGCAAACAGCAUACGAGAGGACAUCACUUUGCCUGAUAAUAUAAACACACGACAACUUACUGGGAAUGAUAAUAUAAAGCAGUUUUUCCCACUUCGCAACUUCUUGUUUCUUGGGAAUGCCGACAACGUUUUAACACAGGUGUCCGUGGAUGACUGCGCCACCGCCUGUGUAGACGAGGACCUGUUCGUCUGCCAGGCCUUCGAGUACAACUUUAACAACGCCCGUUGCGAGCUGUCCUCACGCCAUCCCUCACAAAGAACGUACAUGCACAAGUUCACCAAGGUACCGGGCACUGUAAUGCUGGGACAGUCUGACAUGGUAUACCAGAAAGUGGUCUAUUCCACCCAGUGUGCCAAGCUGUGUGUGGACUUACACGAAUUUCCAUGUAAAUCAUUCGACUAUUGUCCGGACGAACAGGCCUGUAUUCUGGGGCGUACUCACAUGCUGGAUAUACCCGAAGAGAACAAACAAGCUGACCCAGGAUGCGAUCACUACUCAAGGAAUUACUUCGAUGAUUUCAAGUUUAUGUCGGGUAAGGAAGUUGCUCUGAAAAACAACAUGAUUGUUGAGGGCGUGACACUGGCAGAGUGUUCAAAGCUGUGUGGCGACCAGGGCGAUUCCUGUAUGGGCUUUGACUUCUGUGGCAACGAUACCAUCUGCCGAAUUACUUCGGACAGCGUCAAGAAUGUGGGACAGGUCACAAUAUUGGAUUCAUCAUAUUGCGACCAUUACGCCAGACAAUACUACACUGAUGGAUCUAAGGUUACGGCCUACUCGGUUAAAAAUUCGCAAGAUUCCAAUUUAAAAUAUUCCGCCGGAGCCAUGACUGGUUUGGCGUUUGGUGUCCUCAUUUUCGGUUGUCUGAUAACACUGGCGGCCGCUAUUGCUUUUAGGAAAUUCAAAGCUCCCGCUCCAUCCCCAACAGAGAAAUAAACGAACAUAUUAAUUUAUAGCAAUCUUUUGAUUUUCUCUUACUUCAACUUUGUUGCAAGUGUAUGUGUUAGGAUCUUGUUGGAGGCGGUAUCUAAGGAUUUCAUUUGAAUAGAUGAUUCUUCAGUAUUGUGGCACAGGCGACAUGAAGAGACCUGAUGCCUUGUUUGUGUACUUAGAUGCAGAUCUUAUGCUGGUAUGCAUGGUGACCAUUGGGAACAGAAGACUUGCCUGUAGAGAUUGCCUUGAAGAACUGCUUCAAUCAGUAUUUUAGUUUUGGAAUCUAUUCUGGGUCUAGUCAUCCGAUGAAUAGAAAUCUGCUAAAACAAUGAAGAAGAAAUCUUAUGAUUGUGAGAAUUAAUUUCACCUCUUGUCACCUUGUACUUAAAUGUUUAAAAGUGGCGUUUUUGUAACAGCUUGCCAGAUGUCUGCUAAAUGAAUUUUGGCAAGCUUAUGAACGUCGAAGACUACAAUGUACGAUCUAGUCUUCUACAAUACUACAUUCAAAACAUUUAUGUUUUCAAAACUUCAUAGGCAUUUUUCCAGAUAACCAUGAGUCCAUGCACAAGUAGUAAUCCGCACAUCUUUAUGAACUAUCUCACUUAUUUUACUGCUUUUCUGUGGUUAUAAAAUAACAAGCUGCAGAGUGAUAU